AUGAUCGGUGCCGGGAUAUUUUCGAGCCCAGGUCUAGUUUUAAGUGCAAUUCAAUCUCCUGGGAUUGCAUUAAUUUUAUGGGUAGUGGGUGGAAUUUUCGCCAUGUUUGGAUCACUUUCUUAUUUAGGGAGUUCUAUACCAGACGGAGGUGGAGAAAUAGUGUAUUUGAAACGAGCAUAUCCUCGUCCAAGAGCACUAUUUAGCUAUAUGUUUAGUUUUGCCAUGAUUGUAGCAAUACAACCAGCCUAUACGUCCGCUAUAUCAAACGUUUUCGCACAAUAUUUCUUAUAUUUAGUUAAAGCGAAAGGGCAUUGUGACAUAGAUUAUCUGCAUCCAAAGGAAUACAAUGCUGAUUGGAAUUUUUGGCAAAUACGACUUUGUUCGUUAGCUGCGAUAGUUAUAAUCACAAUUUACCACAUGGCGUCCAACAAAUGGGCAAAUCGUAUAAAUCAAACGCUCACAAUCAUAAAGAUGUCAACACUUCUUACAAUAUCGAUUAUUGGACUAGCAACAAUUCCUCGGGUUAUUAACGAUGAAAAUGCGAAUUGGAAAAAUAUGUUUCCCAGUGAUGUAAAUAUCAGUGCGCGUUCUUUGACUGCUGCACUUAUGCCUAUUUUAUUUGCAUAUGGUGGCUGGAAUAAUUUAAAUUAUACUUUGGAUGAAUUCGUCGAUCCAAAAACGAAAUUAUUCACGUCAAAUAUUAUUAGCGUCGGUAUUGUUACUUUUUUGUACCUUUGUGCUAAUAUCGCAUACACAAAUGUACCAUUGUCAAAAAUAACCGGCAAUAAUGAACCUUCAGAAAUCAUUGCUAGCAAAUUCGCUUUCCAAGUCGGUGGCUUUGAUUUAGCUCGUGUAUUAUCCUUGUUCGUCUCUCUAUCAGCUUUUGGCGCAUUGGCUGCGAAUGUAUGGGCUGGCUCUCGAGUAAUUGUAGCUGCCGCAAGAAGAAAUUAUAUUCCUUUCUCGUCAUGGUUACAACAAUGGAAUGAAGAUACAGAUACUCCAAUUUUUGCAUUGAUAACACAAGCAGUUUGGUCUUCAUUGAUUAUUAUCGUUUAUCCACAUAAUGAUCCAUUUAAAUUUUUCAUCAGUUUGGGCGAAUAUUGCAUGUGGAUAUUUCUAUUUCUGAGUGUUUUGGGGUUAUUGUUUCUGCGCCAUUCUAAACCCAAUCUAUUUCGCCCAUUCAAAGUGUUCAUCUUAAUACCCAUAAUAUUUAUUAUCUUCACACUAUUUAUACUAAUUGGGUCAUUUAUAAAUGACUCGUCAAAAAUAUCUCAUUCGUUACCACAACAACCCAAAGAUGACCAAUUAUGUGAAAGUUCCACUUACAAAUACGCCGGAGAUAGAUUGUUGGCUUAG